GGGCUCAUCCGCAGAGAUUCCCCCUGCUGAGGCUGUUCUAUCAAGCAUCAGGCCGGCAACAGUCAACAUCUGUCAACAUGGAGUGUCCAGAACCACUCCAGACCGUUGUGUUGCCAUGACGAGCGAGGAGGAGGAGGGCCCCAGCGUUGCAACAUCAGCGGCACCGACGGCGACGGCAAUCUCCAGGGUAACAACAGCCAUAGCUGGAGGCGACAGCGAUGACGCCGUCACGUCCUCCUCCCCCCGCGGUCCUUCCCCGUACCACCUCCCGUGUCCCGAGGAAAAGGAAGAGAAAGAGGAGGAAAUAGAGGAGGAAGGGAUUAUUCUAGAAGAAGAAAGGAUUGAGGAGGAGGAGGAGGAGGAGGUCGUGGAGUGUGAUGAAGAUGACGCCAGCAGUGACACCAGCGUGUUAAUAGUGCCCUACCCCGAGCUGGUGCCGGUAGUUUUCUUCUGCCUCAAGCAGACAACCUGCCCUCGAAGCUUGUGCAUCCGCAUGGUCUCCAGCCCAUAUCCUUUUUCCUCCGUGAAUCCUGAUGAAUGCAACUUGAGGGAUUAUCCUCCUUCGAUAUCUUCACUCAUCAUCAUUUUAACAUCUCUCUAUUUCCAGGCCAUAAAGAAAACAUUAAGAAGCCUUGUCUCACUCAAAAGUUUAAUUUCCCAUUAGUCUGUGAUGGAUUAAGGUGUGAAUCAUUUCUGGCUUUUUUCGAUGUUUCACCUCAUCUGACAAAUUCAGA